CUAAAGUAACUUAUUUUAAUACCUGUAACGAGUAGUAAUCGCAUACACAGCUCUACUAUCGGCUAUUCAGCUGGUGGAAAAAAAGGGGGAAGAAAAAUUAAAAAUAAGAAAAUCAUCAUGGCUACAUCAACGUUGCAGCUGGAAUUUUCACAGGCCAUGGCCGAUUUUAAAAAAAUGUUUCCGGACAUUGACCGUGAAGUAAUUGAAGCUGUACUGCGUGCUAAUUUAGGUGCUGUGGAUCAAACCAUUGACCAACUACUCGCUAUGUCAACUGACAAUCAGAACGAAAAACUGCGCAAUGAACUGGAUGCUAAUGUCUCACCACAACAGAGUCUCAUCAAUCUCAGCGACACGGACAGAGAACUGCGACGCAAUCAGCACCAGCAGCUAAUUAUCGAUGCAACGGAUGGGAGCACAGAAAGUGCUGCCGCAGCCGCUACCUCUAAUGUGGGUAAUACGCAAUUGCUGAGCACAGCAACAGCUUCGCCGAAUCAUCACAACACGGGCGCUUCGCCCAAACAGCGUCCGUUCGGCAUUUCAACUAAGAGCGGUAGAGGCAGUACCAUCAAUACGCCCACCAAGCGCAGCACCAGUCACACCGUCGCACAAUCCAACAAUACAAGCAAGAAUUGGAAUCCCCCUGUAUUAGGUGUCCUGCCACCUGGAUUUUUGCGAGUGGCGCCCUCCGGCGGUCAGCAGGAUUUCGAGUUGCCCGACGAACAGUUUGCGCUUAUGCUACAGAAUGAAGAAUUUAUGAAUCAGUUGCGAUGGAAUCAGGAUUUUAUGAGUGCAUUGGAAAAGGAACAGACCGGUAAGGGCAAGGGCGAAGAUGAGGCACCAUUCCAAGAGCGGCUGAAGAACAUGGGCAAAAUGUCACGCAAAAAGUUCUUGCAAAUGGCGCGUGUCUUUACCUGGCAGCGCAAUAAAAAGGCAACAACCGCCAAGCAAAUUGAUUCGUUGCCGUUGCGUGAGGAGCCCAGCGACGAUGAAGAUCAUCAUCAGCAGCGGCAACAGCAGCAAUCUCAACACCAGCAACAACAGUCACAUCAACAGCAACAGAGCCAGGUGCAAUCACAGGGUCAAUUGCAGUUGCGUAAAUAAAACAAAAAAUGUGGAAUUAGAUAUCUAGACCCUAGAGUUCCAUCGAUUGUUAUCUUAUUCUUAUAAUAUUAUUUCAUUAUACAACUGGCAUAAGUCAAAUCGGAUUCUAAACAUGUUUACGUAGUAAUCUCCACAAUCUAACGUAAUCUGAAAUCUCGCUGCAGUCCUUGCAUAUAUUUAAUAUAUACAAUUCUAGUUUUAAACGUCGUGUAAUAGCCUGAAGUGCAAUUUUCCAAAAACAAAACUCCAGUGCAAUAUUAUUUUGUUGGAC